AUGGCAUCGGGCGGCAUCGAGACAGGAGUCUAUGCGCAAGCACCCCCGUCAUUCCCUCAACAUGGUCACUCGAGUUCGAUGAACGCUUCUUUCUCUCAAGCACCUCCUCCGAUGAAUGCUUACGAAGCUCACUCUGUCGCUUCGACGCCUGCACCGACGCCGCCACCACCUCGGUCUGCUUCGGACCACCAUCAACCGCAGCAGCCGCAGCCGCAACAGCAACAGCAGAUGGCAUACAACAUGAAUGGUGGGGCCCCGAUGGUCAAUGGGGGCAUGAUGGCUGCUCCCAACACAUUUGCUGGGUAUCAGGAUGCAAAUGUCUAUGCGCAACCGAAUUUUUAUGCCAACGGAGUUAGGCCACAGAUCUAUACUGCCGUCUACUCCAACGUGUCUGUCUUUGAGAUGGAAGUCAACGGCAUUGCUGUAAUGCGACGCCGAAACGACUCGUGGUUGAAUGCGACGCAGAUCCUGAAGGUCGCUGGAGUAGACAAGGGCAAAAGAACAAAGGUCUUGGAGAAAGAAAUCACGGGCGAACAUGAAAAGGUCCAGGGCGGCUAUGGGAAGUACCAAGGCACCUGGGUCGGCUACCAGCGUGGCCGGGAGUUUGCCAGGCAGUACGGAGUAGAGCAUAUUCUGCUGCCACUCUUCGAGUACGAUCUCGCCUCUGACGGGAUGCCGGGUAUGACACAAGGAAUGGAGACACCCACCAAGGAGCAAGCCAUGGCUGCCCAGCGAAAGAGACUAUACGGCGGUGACGGUCGACCGCUUCCGCAGUCGUCAGGAGGCACGUUCUUCAAGAGCAUGUCCAGCACAGCUGCAAACGCGAUACACGCCUUGAACCGAACGCGGCUAGACUCCCCCAGUCAAAUAGAUGGACGACGAUCAAUGGGGCCGCGACGACAAUCUCAGUCGUUCAACUAUAGUCAGGACUCGAUGUAUGGACAAGGGCCAAGUCAACAGAGCAUGCCUAGCAUGACCUCGCAAGACAGCUUUGGCACAAACGGGGCCAUCAUGAGCCAGGGAGCGAGCUUUGCGGAUUUUGGAAAUGCUGAUAUUCAAGAGCCUCCACGAAAACGCAUUCGGCCCUCGCCGCAGUCCUCUUUUCUCGGUGGUCCUUAUGACGGACAAAUGGAGUUGGCUCUUGCCGAUGGUGCUCCAACCGAACCCAACGCUUCGUUCUUCUCCCAGUCAAGCCAAUCGUUCAUGCCGCCCGAUCUGCUCUCCUAUGGACUCGAACCUCUUCCACACCCUUCCGGACCACAGGAGGAACAAAAGAAGGAACUAUUACUCGAUCUCUUCAUCGAUCCCGGCCGGACGGACUUUGACGACCACCCAGCAUUUCUUCGACUCAGUGGCGACGAAUUUGAACUUCCCAUUGAUGGCUCCUGCAACACUGCGUUGCAUUGGGCAGCCACGCUGGCACGGAUCGCUCUAGUGCGCAAAUUGUUACAAAAGGGCUUCAACAUGAGACGGGCCAACAGUGGAGGGGAAACCGCAUUGAUAGCGGCGUGUCAAGCACGAAACAACCUCGACCACAACAGUUUUCCCGCUCUUUUGCAGCUUCUCGGACCGAGCAUCGAGGUCAGAGAUCGACGUGGCCGGACCCUCCUUCAUCAUAUCGCUGUCUCAUCAGCCAUGAAAGGGAGAGCAGCCGUUGGGAAAUACUACCUCGAAUCAUUGCUCGAAUAUGUCAUCCGACAGGGUCCUACCCCGAUACACCCGGCCUCCAUGUCGUUUGACGGGGCGAACGGGGUCAACCCCCAGAGCCAGGGCAAUGCAUUAACCCUGGGGAGUUUUAUGGAUAAUAUUGUCAACGCACAAGACAAGGCGGGAGAUACCGCACUGAACCUCGCCGCACGAACCAGCACGACCACGAUUAUCGAUCAACUGAUCGAGGUUGGCGCUGAUCCUAAUAUUUCCAACCGUGGAGGCUUGGCUCCUGUCGACUUUGGAGUCGGGCUGCAUGUGAACAGUCAGAUGAUGGACCAAAGCAUGCAGAUGUUCGAUCCCUCUGUAGCGGCGGCCAGCUCGCCUCAGAAAUCCUUUGAAGAGGCUCAGGAAGGAAUAAUCACAUCAUUACGCGACAUUCUGUCACAAUCAGAAGCCGACUUCGCCACAGAACUUAAAGAGAAAAACGAGGUUCUCGACAAAACCAACGCAGCUUUGAAAGAAUCUGGAGCCUCAUUGGCGGAAGAACGACGAAAACUUGAGGAGGCGCGAGGUAAAGUUCGAGAGAAAGAAGAGCUGGAACAGAAGAUCAACAAUCUACGGCAAGCCACAGGCCAAUAUCGGACUGAGUUGAGCGGAACGGACCCACCGACGACGAUUCAGGACCACGUUGCCGUCGGAGAAGCUGACAAGGGACUUGACCUCGACGGUCAGCUACCUCUUGUGGCAGACCUGUUCCCUGAUGGCGACGUAGACCCGGGCAACAUGUCAUUAUUGACCCAGGAGCAAGCCAAUUUCCUGGCGAGCCUGGAACGAGCGGAGGUCAUGUCUGGCCGAGCGCAGGUCUAUCAGCGACACAACGCACAACUUGAACAGAUGGCAAAGACGCUCAAGGCACGCAGUGGAGAACUCGAAGAACGAUACAAGAAGAUUGUGAGCUUGUGUACAGGGGCGGAUGAAGACAAGGUGGAAGGGUUGUUAGAUAACCUGGUGCAGGCAGUGAUCAGUGAGCAGAAGGAGAUGAGUGACAACUCGCAGCUGGGGCGGGUCCGUGAGUUUCUGAGGUUAGUCCAAGGGUCAGGGAACUGA